UUAUAAUUACCAUGGAAGACAUAAUGAGGCCACACUCAUGUCACCCUACUUCAGCUCCUUCAAAGCUAGCCAUGCACAGAGAUUCGCAUGUAAUUUCCAAAUUCAAGCCCAAGGUUCGCAUAAUUCACAUAUUUGCACCAGAGAUCAUCAAGACUGAUGUUGAAAACUUUAGAGAGCUUGUUCAAAGACUCACUGGCAAACCUGGUGAUGGUGACAGCACUAAAGGCGGCAGCAGGAGGAAGAAAACAAGAAAGAUAAAGAACAAGACUAAUUUGUCUUGUGAGUCAAGCAAGAGAGCCCUGCGAUUCCAAGAUGGGCUGCCUAGUCUGAAACUUAAAAUGGAGGAUGAAAAUAAUGAGAUACGGGGAAGUAGUGAGAAUUCAAGUGAUUUCCUUGAAGGGUUUGCAGACUUCAGUGGCUUUAUACACGAUUUGAGUGAUAACUUUUCCUCGGCACCUCCACAGUCUUCUCACAUGGAUAUGUUUGGAGACAUGCAACUUGCUUAACAGAAUGUGGGUUCAUUUCUCUGGUUUUUUCUCUCCUGAUAAUAUAUAUGUUGACUCUAUCUCGCAAGAGGAUAUCAGGCCGCUUGUUUGUGGCUUCUUUAGUUCAAGCACCUCAAUCUUCUCAUACGGAUGGGGGCCGGCUCAGGAUACAUCUAUACAUUCAAGUUGAGGGGAAGCAUUAAUAUUGAACUUCUAUUUUUUAUUUGGAAGUCUUAAAUGACCUGUGGAAUAUAUCUAUAUAUUUAACUUGCUUG